AUGUUACAAGCUAAUCCACUUGAUAAACUAUUAAUUGAUGCAGUAGAAAGUGCAGAUAUAGAAAAAGUCAAGCAUUUAUUAAACGAAGGAGCGAAUCCUAAUGCCAUAAGAUUAAACCAAAAAGAAUACAUUGUUAAUCUUGUAUUGGGUAAAUCAUUUCUUCCUCAGUUCGGCAUUGCUCAUGAAAGUAAUCACAUAUCAGCUUUGGGUUAUGCUAUUAAUCUUGCACACACGGAAAUUGCUACGCUGCUUAUUGACAACGGGGCAGACUUCAAUGGUUAUAGUCAUUCUGCUGCUGAAAUCACACAUCUACAUAAUGCUUCUGCACUUGGUCGCAUAGAGAUAGUUAAGCUACUUCUAGGUUGUGAUAUAGAUACUGGUGCUCGAAACAUAGGCGGAUAUACAGCCUUACAUUCGGCUGUCCGCUCUUUUGAUUAUUUUGGAGAUGGAACAAAAAUAGUAAAAGAAAUAGUUAAUUUGCUUCUUAAUGGCAGAGUAGCAAUUGAUGCUCAAGAUAAAGAUGGAAAGACAGCUCUACAUAUUGCAGCUACAUACAAGCGUGUAGAAAUAACUGAACUGCUCCUUGAUCGUGGAGCUGCAGAUGUUAAAGAUAGAGAUGGCAAUACCGCUCUACAUGAUGCUGCUACUUCUAUAUAUAACAAUGCAAAAACUGUAAGUUUGCUUUUAAAAUAUAAUUUAGAUGUUAACGCUAAGAAUAAAGAUGGUAAAACACCAAUCAGUGCCGGAUUAAAGAACAAGAUUCUUCCUUCUGACCCUACUUUAAAAGCAGAUGUUCUCUUUACUUUUUUAAUUUACGGUGCCACCUUAAAUGAUGGUGAUAGAGACAAGAUAAAUAAAGAACCUGACCUGCGAAAUUGUUUAACAGCAUUUGAAAAAAUCAAAGCAAUGCCUCAUUGGGGUAAUUUAAUAGGAGUAAACGGGAAUAGAAGUACAAGUACUAUUGUUCAAUAUAUAAAUGAUGAAAAUAAAGGGCAGGAGCUGAUUGAAGAAUUCAAAAACAUCAAAAAAGAUUAUAGUUCUCAGGAAUUUAUACAUGAAAGCUUUGCUAGAAACUUGCGUUACUUUGCCGGUGUAUUAAAAGAAGGAGAACGGACUAAGCUUCUUUCUGAUGUAGCAUCAAGUCGAAUAUUGUCAUAUAUAACAAGUAAUAGAGAUCUAAAUAAUCUUAAUUUAGCAUAUUUUAGUGAUAUCACUGGAAGCGAGUAUGAUAAAUCAAAGACACCAGGGAACUUACAACUUAAGCAAGAGGCAUUUGAAGAAUAUAAACAAAGUGAAGCAGCAGCAGCAAAUGCAUUACUUGAUAAGCUAAAAAGUUGUAAUAAAGAAAGUAAUUUAUUACAAAAUGCGAAUUCUUCACAGCCACAUUUACAGAUGCAGAAAGUUAGCCCAGAAGAAGACAAUUUACUACAAAACGCAAAUUCUUCACAAUCCUUCUCUGCAAGUAAACAAGCAAAAAAGACUAGUCCAAUAAAAAAAGCUAUGUGUAGUACUAUUCCUUUUAUAGCAGUAGGAAUUUACACUGCAGUAGUUUUAUAUUAUGAUACAACUCUUGAUCCCAUUAUCGCUGCUGGCAUUUUUAUUGGAGCAGCAGUUUUUGUAGCUGCAUGCUUUGCUGUAAUGAAAAUCUGUGAAAAAAAAGCAGAACUCAGACACAGGUACACGUAUCGUUUCUGA